UUUCCAAACACUGUCUUAAAUUCCUCUCUCUCUCUCUCUCUCUCUCUCUCUCAUCAAUACACCUUCCCCAAAUCACCACCAUUCUCACUCCUCUGACUUCUCUUCUUCCCUCUCCCCACUCAUCUACAUAUUCUCAUCUCCUUUCUUCAGCAAAGGGUUAGGGUUUCAAAUUCGUACAUACAUAUAUCUCCACACGCACACACAUACAUAUCAGAUAGAUAUACACAGACUGUACAUAUAGGGGUCUCAAAAUGGAGACAUCAACUAGCGUCGAUCCCGAUACCCUCACCAAUUCUCCCAAUUCAAGAAGGAAUCAAUUCCAAUUUUCAACGCUAAGUUUCUUGCGAGCACCUGUGUCGACUCUUCUAGAAUACUCCGGCAUUCUUCGACCUAGGUCAGAUCACCUCGAGACCGAGGGUUUGCUAUCCAACAGCGACGAUUCUCAUUCGCCGCUCCGACGCCGUCUGAGCGACGCCGGAGCUCAGACGUCGAGCAGUAACAGCGGAGAGGUCUCGAUCAGGAUAAUCGGGGCCGACGGCGGUGGGUUCGACGAGAGCGAGGAGGCGGCGAUUGCCGGCGUGGCGGGUGAGGGUGGGAAUAGCGGAGGUGAUGAAGACAGGGUUAGGGUUUCGUCUCCGUUGUCCGCGGGUGGGGCCGGGAACGGGCCCGCGGACGGAGACGGUGGUGAGGGGACGGGUGGGGGUAGUAACAAUGGGAAUAGGGAUACGUCGCCGUAUCAGAGGUAUGAUAUACAGCAGGUGGCGAGGUGGGUUGAACAGGUUCUUCCGUUUUCGUUGCUGUUGUUGGUGGUCUUCAUUCGUCAGCACUUGCAAGGUUUCUUUGGCACAUUAUGGAUAACUGCUGUAAUGUUCAAAUCAAAUGAUAUUCUUCGAAAGCAAACAGCCCUAAAGGGUGAGAGAAAGAUAACUGUUCUUAUUGGCAUCUCCACAGUUUUUAUGCUUCAAGUGAUUGGUGUUUACUGGUGGUAUCGGAAUGAUGAUCUUUUAUAUCCAUUAAUCAUGGUUCCUCCUAAAGCAGUACCACCUUUCUGGCAUGCUAUAUUUGUCAUCCUUGUAAAUGACACAAUGAUGCGGCAGGCAGCUAUGGCUGUGAAGUGUGUGCUCCUAAUGUAUUAUAGGAAUGGCAGAGGCCAUAAUUUUCGUCGGCAGGGUCAAAUGCUAACUCUGGUUGAGUAUACCUUACUGUUGUACCGUGCAUUGUUACCAACUCCUGUCUGGUAUCGGUUCUUCUUGAAUAAAGAGUAUGGAAGCCUGUUUUCAUCACUGACUACAGGAUUGUACUUAACAUUCAAGCUAACCUCUGUUGUUGAGAAGGUACAAUCCUUCUUUGCUGCUUUGAAGGCAUUAUCACGGAAGGAUAUCAAUUAUGGGUCUUAUGCCACGUUGGAACAGGUAAAUACAGCAGGAGACUUGUGCGCAAUUUGCCAGGAAAAGAUGCAUGCUCCAAUUCUACUGCGCUGUAAACACAUUUUCUGUGAAGACUGUGUUUCUGAAUGGUUUGAGAGAGAAAGGACAUGCCCUUUGUGCAGGGCCUUGGUUAGACCCGCGGAUCUUCGUUCAUUCGGGGAUGGGUCAACAAUUGCUGGUUGCAAGGUAUCACCAGAAUUAGCAGAUGGAUUGACAAUACGUUCUUAUGUUGUAUUCUUGGAAAUUAUUGUACAUUUGGCCUCGAGGUCAGUUGAUUUUCAUGAAGCACUUGAACUUUACCCCGAAAGGGGGAUCUCCAAAAAUGUGCUCUCCGGUUGUCAUUUCCGUUUUACCGAUCUCCUUUACGCACAAUCACUAAGCGCGUCAUGUGGAAAACUCACUAUGGGUUUUAUUGAAGAAGUAAAUAAUGCCUCACCUUUUGCUGUACGUUUGCAAACGUUAGAAAUAGAUUUUCACUUACUUUCCAUAUGUGGAUGUGAGAUGAAUUGCACGAAUCCGGUGGAAAGAAGCUCCCGAGGAAUGGUUGGAGGGAGCUUUCUUCGGCCCACUCGUGGAAGAGAUAAGGGGUCUGAACUAGCUGCCGACUCAUUCAUUCAACCACUCAGUAGAAAGGGAACUCGUUUGGUUUGCUACUGUGAUUGUGUGAAUGAUGCGGGAGAUAAUGAUGGUUUACAUGCUGUAAGGCUAGCUCAUUACCGCAUCAAACUUCUGUCUGUGGUGGAUUUUACGUUGUUAUUAGGGAAUCCUAUUAUCAGGUUGAAAACAAGUUUCCAAAUGGAUCCGGUUACCUUCCGGUUCAUGUUUUGGACUGAAGGAGACAAUCGUGAUCGUGACUGUCCAUUUGCUGCAAUCAAGCAAUGGGAAGAAUUGCACACUAUUGUACGGGUUUGCACCUUCGUAAUUGAUUAUUUCAUUAACAUAAUUGGAGGACAGGGUCAAAGGUGGUGUGUGAUGUUUGGUUGGCGAACUAGAGGAGAAAGUGGGUUUCUUCAAACUCAGUUGGUUUUGAUUCAUUCACAUGCUUAUGACUAUUCCCUCAACCCCAUGAGUUCGAUUGUUUCAACUUCUAGUGGGAUACUUCCACCAACUAGGCUUGGUAUGUUUGAUUCUGGGGUUUAUGAUCCUUUUAGCCAGCUAGAACCAGAGUUCAGUGACAGUGAUGAAACAGGAUUGCUUUCUGUAUCAUGGAAUCAAGACUAUAGUUGCUUUGCCGCUGGAACGAGCCGCGGUUUUCGUAUCUAUAACUGUGAUCCUUUCAAAGAAACUUUCAGACGUGAUCUGAAAAGCGGAGGAUUUGGAAUUGUUGAGAUGUUGUUUCGGUCUAACAUUUUAGCACUUGUUGGUGGUAAAUCCAAUUCCCAAUAUCCUCCUAAUAAAGUUAUUAUUUGGGAUGAUCAUCAGUGCCGUUGCAUCAGUGAAUUUUCAUUUAGGUCUGAGGUUCGUGCAGUGAAACUAAGACGGGACCGGAUCGUGGUUGUUCUUGAGCACAAGAUAUAUGUUUACAACUUUACAGAUUUGAAGCUUCUUCAUCAGAUAGAAACUCUAGCAAAUCCCAGGGGACUUUGUUGCCUUUCACAUAGUUUGAAUACGUCUGUCUUGGCUUGCCCGGGUCUUCGGCGAGGGCAGGUUCGAAUUGAACAUUUUGGUCUGAAUAUGACCAAGUUAAUAAAUGCUCAUGAUUCCCAAAUAGCAUGCUUAAACCUAACAAUGGAUGGGCUUCUUCUUGCAACUGCUAGCACAAAAGGCACUUUGAUAAGAAUUUUCAACACAAUGGAUGGGACUCGGUUACAAGAGGUACGCAGAGGAUUGGACAGAGCAGAUAUUUAUAGUAUUUGUCUCUCCCCUAACGUCCAGUGGUUGGCAGUGUCAAGUGAUAAGGGUACUGUUCAUUUAUUCAGCCUCAGAGUUCGGGUCAUCGGGGAGGACUCAUCAAUUUCUUCCAGUGCUUCUGAAAGUCUGGCAAUGUUCUACCAGAAUUCAUCAUCUUCCCUUGAUGCUCUGAUUCCUCCUAGUACUAGUGACAACCCUGGAUCAACAUUGUCUUUUAUGAAAGGUAUUUUACCAAAGUAUUUUAGCUCAGAAUGGUCAUUUGCUCAGUUUCGUUUACCAGAAUACACCGAGUUCAGUGCAGCAUUUGGAUCUCAGAACACUGUCAUUAUUGCUGGCAUGGAUGGGAGUUUCUACAGGUGCAGUUUUGAUCCUGUUAAUGGAGGGGAGAUGUUGCAGCAGGAAUAUGUCCGCUUUCUCAAGACUGACAAUAGACCAAAAUAGGGGUAUCUCAAUAAUUCCAUGGGCAAUAACAUGAAUGUAUACCAGUGUAAAUAUCAUCAGUUCCUCAGUAAUUGAAAUUUCAUUUUGUUACUCCAUGCCGUGUGAGAAACAUGCAGAGCAGGUGAGUUGUAAAUGGUUAUAAAUUGCUUUAACGACAUAUUGCUCUUGAAAGGAACUCUUAUGUAAUUGCUAUCGGCUUAUAUGUGCAAGAGUAAUGCAAUUCAAGCUAACAAAAGUUACUCGGAUUUUAUC